AUGGAGAGCCUGGCACAGCAGCAGAGAGCACCGGGGCACCAGAACUGUAAGAAUGGCUGCAAUAAUGGAGCCCCCUGCUGUGACGGGGACAAGGAUCAUGUACCUGGUGCCUUUAAGGCAUCGGAAAUCACCAUUGAACUGACCACCUCACCCAAAGAAAAGCCUGACCCAAGCACUCUGGUCUUUGGCUCAGAAUUUACUGAUCACAUGUUCAUUGUUGAAUGGUCAGUGAAGAAUGGAUGGGAGAAACCAGUCAUCAAGCCUUUCCAGAACAUUCCCAUCCACCCUGCCUGCUCCGCACUUCACUAUGCCAUCCAGCUGUUUGAAGGACUGAAGGCUUACCGUGGUGUGGAUGGUAAGAUUCGAUUGUUUCGGCCACAGAUGAACAUGGAUCGAAUGUCGCGUUCAGCUUUCAGAAUGACUCUGCCGCCUUUCGAUAAGAAGGAACUUCUGGAGUGCAUCAAGAAAUUGAUCAACGUGGAGAGAGAAUGGGUGCCAAAGUCCACCGAUGCCAGUCUGUACAUCCGCCCCAUCUUCAUUAGCACUGAGCCCUCUCUAGGUGUGAAGAGACCGUCCAAGGCUGCGCUCUAUGUCAUCCUCAGCCCGGUCGGGGCUUAUUUCCAAAGUGGAGCUUUUAAUCCAGUGUCACUGUGGGCCAAUCCAAAGUACGUCCGCUCCUGGAAGGGAGGCACCGGAGACAGAAAGGUUGGAGGGAAUUAUGGAAACGCCCUGUUUGCGCAGUAUGAGGCUCAGGAUGCCGGCUGUCAGCAGGUGCUCUGGCUAUAUGGGGAGGAUGAGCAGAUCACAGAAGUUGGGACAAUGAACCUUUUCCUGUACUGGACAAAUGAAAAUGGAGAACUAGAACUGGCUACUCCACCCCUAGAUGGAAUCAUUCUUCCUGGAGUUACAAGACAUAGUAUACUUGACCUCGCCACCAAAUGGCGUGAGUUUAAGGUGUCUGAGCGUUACAUCACCAUGAAUGAAUUGUUAACAGCAUUGAAAGAAAACCGGGUGAAGGAAAUGUUUGGAUCUGGCACAGCUUGUGUGGUUUGUCCAGUUGGAACAAUACAGUACAAGGACAAGAAUUUACAUAUCCCAACCAUGGAGAAUGGACCUAAGAUUGCUGCUCGUCUUUUGAAAGAGAUGGUCGAUAUCCAGUAUGGAAGGACGGAGAGUUCCUGGGCCAUAAUGGUGGACAGCUCCUAG